AUGGAGCUUAGUUUCGGUAAAUUCGGUUCCUCUUUGAAAUAUGCAAAAAUCGUGAUGGUUGCCAUUGUUUAUGCGGCUUUCCGAAGCCGGAAGCGAAAUGUUGGACUUCCGACAAUUUUGUUUGUCUUUUUUGACAUCAGUACUCAAUUAUCUCUAUCUAUCUUUAUCUUUCUCUCACUCACUCAUUCACCUUUACCUUUCUUUCUUUCUUUCUUUCUUCUUCUUCUUCUUCGUCUCUCCUUCAUUCUCUUGUUCUUUCUUCUUCCCGCUUUUUGUCUUACCUCCUCUUCCCUACUCUUUUAUUUUCCCCUUCUUACUCUUGCCACUCUUUUCUUACCCUCAUACUUUCUUUUUUCUCACUUUCCUUUCUUUCUUUCUUUCUUUCUUUCUUCUCGCCGCUCUUUUCUUUCCACCUUAAUCUUGCCUUUCCUCAUCGACUCUCUUAUUUUCCUCUUCUCUCCUCGCUUUUCUUUCUUUCUUUCUUUCUUCUUUUCCCUCUUUUCUUUACCCUGUAAUCUUGCCUUUCUUCAUCGACUCUCUUAUUUUCCACUUCUCUUCUCGCCUUUCUUUCUUUCUUUCUUUCUUUCUUUCUUUCUUUCUUUCUUUCUUUCUUUCUUUCUUCCCUUCCCACUUUUCUUUACCCUGUAA